GCAUUCGAUGGAAUGUCACGACAACCCACCAAAUCAGGGCACGUUACAGAAAGUAUCAACAGCGAACGACCCAAAGGUAUUUAUUGGACGACAACGACUUUCUCUGUGGUCAUUUCUUGUGCUACUUCAACGUGAUUAUCAUAUCCACGGAAAUGGGGCGUCUUCUCAGUGCUGUGUCCGUUCUCCUACUCAUCAGUGCUUCAUACGCAAGGGUGGAUCCUAAUAAAAUAUGCCAAGAUGUUCCUGAUCGUAGCUUCUUGAGUGAUUUUACGCGAUGUGAGAGGUAUUUUGUGUGUGUAAAUGGGGUAGCUCACACCGGGGAGUGUCCUGAGCCAUUCUUCUUCAACGAAGCCACCCAAGCGUGUGACCAUCAGCGCAAUGUUGCAUGCAGGAAUUGCCCAUCAGAUGCUAUAACAACAAUGGCUAAUCCGGUAUCCAAGACAUGUGACUCCUAUGUGAGAUGUAUCAGUGGUGAAAGGGAAGAAAUUAGGUGUCCUGUUGGUUUUAUCUACGACGAAACACUCGGACGUUGCAACCUACUAAUGAAAGCUGAAUGCUUCGCUGCUACGUGCACAGAUGCCAUGGAUCCAAGUACUUUUACCUUUGUUCCGAGUAAAAUUGACUGCAGCCGAUACUUCAUCUGCCACCAAGGGAAACCAACAGUACGUCAUUGUGCAGCAGGACUGAGGUUCAAUCCUAGCAUCAACGGUUGUGACUUGGAAGCUAAUGUUGUUUGCACGCCCAACGGACCUCUUCCAGUCACCGUUCCCGAGGAAAUCGAGAUAGACUGCCCUGAAACAGGUAUGACCUUCCUGCCACAUCCCAGUAACUGUCGUCAAGCCUACCUCUGCGUCAACGGAACACCACAACUCAUUGCCUGCUCAAUUGGCCUUGCAUGGGAUAAUGAGAAGGACGCCUGUGUACCUCAGCAUCAAACACCUUGCGUCUAGUUUUGCUUACUCCGUUUAUUCCUAACUGAAGGCAGAACUUUGUAAAACCCAGCAAAACUUAGAGACAAAAACUGUUAAUUCUUUUGUGAAAAAAAU